AUGCUCGCGCUCCUCCCGCUCUGCGCGCAGGCGGUCACGAUGCGAAGCGAUAUCAGCACGGCGCUUGAGACCCUCGCGCUCCGCCCUCCGGUCACCAGCGUCGCAACUAAGGCCGCCUUCCGUCGCCGUGCCGCAGAGAGUCACCCCGACAGAGCGGGCUCUGCUGAGGAGUUCAUGCGUGUGACUGCCGCGUACGAGCUGCUCCAGCGGCCAUCGGUCCAGCACAUAGUGUGCUCCUGGCCCUCCUCCAACGAGCACGUCGCGUGCGCCGGCAGCCGUGGCAAUGCGAGGCAGCCUCCGGUGAGCAGCGCAUGGGGCGGCACUGGCUGUGGCGGCGCGAGGCAUAGCGAGCGGGUGGACGCGUGGGGCGAGUACUGGCAGGCGGUCCUCUCGCUGAGCCGCAACGACGCCGCUCUCGAGCGUGUGCUGGCUAAGGUUGCCGCGGCGGCCGGGUCCGAGCGGCUGGAGGCGCUGCAGCGCUCCGCGCGCGAGCUCACCGAGCGCUCCGCCGAGAUUCGACGCGCCGUGCAGAGACGGCAGAACGACGCGCAGCAGCUGCAACCCUGA